AAAUAGAAAAUACAUACAGCAGUAGUCAUACAUACUAUAGAUAGGGUGCUCUGUCUGUGUAUUAUGGCAAUUCAUUGAAGAACAGCAAAUUGAUAAUUUGUUAUUCCCUUGUAGUUUUCCCCCUUCUGCAAGAUUUCUCAGCAACAAACUGAAAGAAUCUUUAGCAGCGCUGCAGCGAAGACAGGGAACAGCUGGUGUUCGCAGGUUCUGAAGUACAGCCUUGUCUGAAGUCCAUUUAUUAAAAGUCAAGAAGAAUUUUCUGCUGUUUGAAAAUGUUGUCGUCUAUGCUGAAGGAGCAUCAGGCUAAGCAGACUUCUCGACGAGAAGUUCAAGAGAAAAGGAAGAAGGAAGCUUCUACAGCUGCUACCGCUGUCACAAGGUCGUUGGUGGAGAAUCUAAAUAGCAGAGUGGCCAUUGCCUACAACAAUGAGAAGAAACUUGAUGCAGAGACGAAACAACUUCAGGCCAAUUCUGGUCAGUUUGCUAAACAGAGCAUGCAGUGGUUAUCUCUGGUCGAGAACUUCAACCAGGCAUUAAAGGAACUUGGAGAUGUUGAGAACUGGGCUCGCAGCAUAGAGACUGACAUGCAGACAAUAGCAAGUGCUUUAGAAUAUGCAUACAAAGAUACAAGCUAACAUUGUUCCAAGAUUCUUCGGGCCAGAUCAUGGAAGCAGCUCAUCAUAUUGAAGAAGUGGACAAUUUUCAAUUCUAAAAUCUGCUGGUGUUGAUUCCAACACCAUGGUGUGAACACACUGGACAAUGGAGCUAGGAAUAACAUUUCAAUUCUAUCUGGCAAGGCCCUUUGUUUGUUCCCCAUGCCUUAUCAAGAGUUAUAGCAUCCUGGAGUGCACUAUCAAUAAAGUUUGCACUAUUAAUUCCAAAAUUGAUGACUCUCACGCAAAGUCAAAUGUUAUUGUGAUAAAUUUUAAGAAUGUUGGUCACCCAUUUUUAGACUUUGGUAGUUUGGUUUUGUAAAUUGGUCACUGAGGAGGAAAGCACAAUGUUGCAAAAAAAUUUUGAUCUAAAUUGUCAUCAAAUCCAAACAAUGCCAAUGGUAUUAAAUUGGCAUUCGUGGUUGCAUAACCAAUGGCAGUAUUACCUGUCCUGUCAUCGAGCGUACUUUUGGAGAGCAUUUUCAUCAACAUUUGUCAUCUUCCAUGUUAUCAGCUGUGAUAUCUUUCUUGGAUUCUGAUCAGCUGAAAAGCACUGGGGAACAAUUCAUCUAUAUUUUCGACAAGUCAUCAGAUCUGUCACAUUUCCUGGAUUUUGAUUGGCCGGGAAGCAAUGUUGCUAUGGUAAUUGUCGUAUAAAAGAAGACUUGUCAGGUAAAACGUCUGACAAGUCCUUCCAUGAACACUCCCCAGGUGUCUAUUACUACGGUGAUUGUCUGAUAAAAAGAAUAUCUCAGAUAAUGCGAUAAGUUGUUUCAUGAAAUGCCCUCUAGUACAUAAAAAUAAACCAAUAUAUGCCUGUGCUGGUAAAUUACUACUUGGUUUACAAACUUUGUUUACUUUACUUUUGGUUUCUUCUCACAUGGUCUAAUCCCGUUUCGUCUUGCAACCAGUUUGACUAUUUAUUAUUUGGUCUAACUGCCUUUUGUCUAAUACCACUUAGUCAAUAUGAUUAUUUGUCAAAGUACAAGAUGAUAAGACAUAGUGGAAUAAGCUGUCAAGGCAUUAGACUAAGAGAUUUACAAUUAGACCAAGUGGUGGUUUGAGAAAAUGAUAAUGAGAGACCAGGUGGGUUUAGCGAUGAUGGUGUCGAAUUAUCUGAGAUUUAGACCAUCUGCUAGUAGUCCAAGAGGUUCUGUGCUGUGCAUAAACUUUUGAUGGCUUUUGAGGGGAGGGAUUAAUUGAUAAAUGAAGUUUCCCCCCCCCCCCAAAAAAAAAAAUACAUAAAUAAAGAAAAUAAAGAUAAAUAAGUGGAGCAUUGUGGCCCAGUGGAUUAGUCUUCGGACUUUGAAACAGAGGGUCGUGGGUUAGAAUCCCAGCCAUGGCGUAAUUUCCUUCAGCAAGAAACUGAUCCACAGUGUGCUGCACUCAACCCAGGUGAGGUAAAUGGGUACCGGUAGGAAGUAAUUCCUUAAAAAGCUGUGUGCGCUAUGAACGCCUAGCUUAGCCGGGUAAUAUAGGAGCGCCUUGAGCACCUAACAAGGUGGAUAUGUGCGCAAUAUAAGUACUCUAUAUUAUUAUUAUUAUAAAAUGAAAACAAAUAAAUAAUGAAUAAAUGAAAAGAUACAAAUUUUUAUAUGCAGUUAUAUUGAAAUUUACCUUGUGAAUUUCUUGGCAUUUUUGAUGAGCUUAUGCCACUUAAAAAAGUAAUUUGACCAGUAUAAAGUGGUACAUGAAUGUGUAUAAAUCUUUUUCUUAGGACACAGCAAAAGGAAACUUACUCUCUUUUCCAGAGAUUUAAGUUUAUCAGUUCUUCUGAUAUUUCCUAUUAUCCAUGCCCGCAGUUAAAAUAUGUUAAUAUGUUUUACUAUUAUGUUCAAUAAUUAUAAAAGUUAUGUUUAUUUGUAAAUGUCUGUAAUAGUGACAAUAAAAUAUAUUUUAAGAACAGUUUCAA